GACCUACUUCCGGUGGCGCGUCUGUCUGACGUCACCAUAGGACUUUGCGCGAGUGGUACGCUGGAGGAAUGGCCGAGGAUGUCUCUCCAGCUGGUAACUCCGCGACAGGCAUUAUUGUUUCUGCACCUUGUAAAAGACUCAGCGAGCCAGGUCGCUUUGCCUAUGCAGGGCUAUGUGCUGUAUCGCUGGCACAACUCUUUCCAGGCAAAGAUCACAGAGACUUCAGGGUGGCGCUUGUGGAGGCUCUAGUAUCCUGGCUGGGUCUCUGCACAUCUGUACUUCCUGCCAUGACUGCAUUUUCAUGUGGCCUGGGUGAUGAUGGGACAGACACAUUUGCCUCCCUGUUACUGCAGGAGCCUGUAUUGAAUGGACAGUCUAUUUUGAUUAUACAGGAUCUUGUUUCUUUUUCUCUCAGGGAGGGACAGUAUGAUGCACGAGCUCGAGUGCUUAUCCAGUACCUCAGUUGCCUACUGCGAGCUCCUCUGGAAGAGCUGGAAAUUUUUGAGGGCACACUAGUUCAUUCUCUUAAAGAGAAGCAAGAACAGCAGCCUGAGGAGAAGGAGGGAGCUGUCAGGAAGGAAACAAAAAAGAAGCUGCAGCGUUACCUGUUGAUUGGCUUGGCCACUGUUGGGGGUGGCACUUUGAUUGGGCUUACUGGUGGAUUGUCAGCACCUCUGGUUGCAGCUGGAGCAGGAGCACUUAUUGGCACCACUGGAGCAGCAGCACUGGGCUCAACAGCUGGUAUUGCUGUGAUGGCUUCUUUAUUUGGAGCUGCAGGAGCCGGAUUGACAGGUUAUAAGAUGAAAAAGCGAGUAGGGGAGAUUGAGGAAUUUGAUUUCCUAACCCUGACAGAAGGAAAGCAGCUCCACAUCACAGUAGCAGUGACAGGCUGGCUAUGCGCUGGAGAAUUUGCCUCCUUUCGCACUCCUUGGCACACACUGUUACACUCUCAGGAGCAAUACUGCCUUGCAUGGGAGUCCAGAUAUCUCUUGGAGUUGGGCAAUGCUAUGGUGACUUUGUUAAGUGGACUUGUCAAUAUGGUGGCUCAAGAAGCACUCAAGUACACCAUACUUUCAGGAAUCAUGACUGCAUUGGCAUGGCCAGCGUCACUUCUUGCUGUUGCCAGUGUCAUUGACAAUCCAUGGAGUGUGUGUCUGCACCGCUCCGUGGAAGUGGGCAAACAGCUAGCUCAAGUGUUGAGAAGUCGACAGCAGGGAAAGCGGCCAGUGACGCUUGUUGGCUUCAGUCUUGGAGCUAGAGUCAUCUAUUUCUGUCUCCAGGAACUUUCUCAGGAAAAGGAUUGUCAGGGUAUCAUUGAAGAUGUUGUUUUGCUGGGGGCUCCAGUGGAAGGAACAGCAAAACAUUGGAAAACUCUGACCAAAGUUGUAUCAGGACGAAUUGUCAAUGGAUAUUGUAGAGGUGACUGGCUGCUCAGGUUUUUGUACCGUAGCUCCUCUAUUCAAAUGAUGGUCGCUGGUCUCCAGCCUGUAAACUUGGAUGACCGCAGGAUGGUCAAUGUUGACUUGUCUUCUGUGGUAAAGGGACAUUUGGAUUACAUGCGACAGAUGGAAACCAUCUUGGUUGCAGUUGGCAUUAGAACCAGAGGUCCCCAAGUGGAGAGAACAAAGACUGAACUGACUAAGGCCACAGUUUUGGACCUAUGCAGUGUAAGAACAAUUGAGACAAACAUGCAGCCUGGAGAGCUGGAAGUAGUGGAAGCUGCUGUUAAUGGGGAUUAGCUUGAACUCACAUUCCAAGGCCAUCCUACUUGCUGAUAUUUGUGAGAUCAGAGAAUCUUGCAGAGCCCUCUGCUGUCAUGAGCCGUAAAGACUAAAGAUUCUGGCCAUGUGUUGGUACCUGGUGUUUUAUACUAAGAACAGUGCCUGGAAUGUUAGUCGGCCUGGUCUGCAUGGUCUGAGAUACCUGUUUGCUGCUAAGUUGAUGUCUGUGAGCUGCCUGUCAAAGAUGCACAAGUGCUUCAUUUAAAAUAAAUGUCAUGCACAGA